AUGUUGCGUGUGUUUCUCUCCCUCGUAGGUGUGGUGUCAGCACAGCGGCAGGUCACCGUUCAGGAAGGACCCUUGUACCGCACGGAGGGCUCCCACAUCACUAUCUGGUGCAAUGUGAGUGGCUACCAGGGACCUUCUGAGCAGAAUUUCCAGUGGUCCAUUUACCUGCCUUCGUCGCCGGAACGAGAGGUGCAGAUCGUCAGCACCAUGGACUCUUCCUUCCCCUAUGCCAUCUACACCCAACGCAUCCGCGAAGGGAAGAUCUUCAUAGAAAGAGUCCAGGGGAACCCAACCCUAUUGCACAUCACAGAUCUUCAGGCCCGGGAUGCCGGAGAAUAUGAAUGCCACACACCCAGCACCGAUAAGCAAUACUUUGGGAUUUACAGUGCAAAGAUGAACCUAGUGGUGAUCCCAGACUCCCUGCAGACCACUGCCAUGCCCCAGACUCUGCACAGAGUGGAGCAGGACCCACUGGAGCUCACUUGUGAGGUGGCCUCGGAGACCGUUCAGCACAGCCACCUGUCUGUGGCCUGGCUCUGGCAGAAAGUUGGCGAGAAGCCCGUGGAGGUCAUCUCCCUGAGCCGAGAUUUCAUGCUUCACUCCGGCAGCGAAUAUGCCCAGAGGCAGAGCCUGGGGGAGGUGCUGCUGGACAAGCUGGGGAGGAUCACCUUCCGCCUCACCAUCUUCCACGUGCAGCCUUCUGACCAGGGCGAGUUCUACUGCGAGGCCGCCGAGUGGAUCCAGGAUCCGGAUGGGUCAUGGUAUGCUAUGACCCGAAAGCGUUCCGAGGGAGCCGUGGUCAACGUCCAGCCAACUGACAAAGAAUUCACUGUUCGGCUGGAAACAGAGAAGUGGCUGCACACGGUGGGCGAGCCGGUGGAGUUCAGAUGCAUCCAGGAGGCUCAGAAUGUUCCCGACCGUUACUUUGCUGUCUCCUGGGCCUUCAACAGCUCGCUCAUCACCACCAUAGGCCCUAACGCUGUGCCUGUCCUCAACAGCGAAUUUGCUCACCGGGAAACCAGGGGACAGCUUAACGUGGCCAAAGAGAGCGACAGUGUCUUUGUGCUGAAGAUCUACCACCUCCGCCAGGAAGAUAGAGGGAAAUACAACUGCCGGGUGACUGAGCAAGAGAAAACCGGGACGGGGGAAUUCAUUGAUAAGGAGAGCAAGCGUCCCAAGAACAUCCCCAUCAUAGUCCUCCCCCUCGAGAGCAGCAUCUCCGUGGAGGUGGCCAGCAAUGCCAGCGUCAUCCUUGAGGGCAAGGACCUGCGCUUGUCCUGCAGCGUCCGCAUGGCAGGCAGGCUGCAGGGUCGCUUCUCUGUCAUCUGGCAGCUUGUGGACAGGCAGAACCGCCGCAGCAAUAUCAUGUGGCUAGACCGGCAUGGCACCGUGCAGCCAGGCUCGUCCUACUGGGAGCGCAGCAGCUUUGGGAGCGUCCAGAUGGAGCAGGUGCAGCCCAACUCAUUCAGCCUGGGCAUCUUCAACAGCAGGAAGGAGGACGAGGGCCAGUAUGAAUGCCAUGUGACUGAAUGGGUGCGGGUGGUGGAUGGCGAGUGGCAGAUUGUUGGGGAGCGCCGGGCCAGCACUCCCAUCUCCAUCAUAGCUCUUGAAAUGGGCUUCGCAGUCACAGCCAUCUUCCGGACACCGGGGGUGACCUACAGCGACUCCUUUGACUUGCAGUGUAUCAUCAAACCCCACUACCCUGCCCAGGUCCCCGUGUCAGUGACAUGGAGGUUCCAGCCGGUGGGCACGGUGGAGUUCCAUGACUUGGUGACCUUCACCCGGGACGGAGGGGUCCAGUGGGGGGACAGGUCCUCCAGCUUCCGAACCCGAACUGCCACCGAGAAGGCUGAGUCCAGCAACAACGUCCGCCUAAGCAUCAGCCGAGCCAGUGACACGGAAGCAGGCAAGUACCAGUGUGUGGCAGAGCUGUGGCGGAAGAACUACAACAACACCUGGACACAACUGGCGGAGAGGACCUCCAGCCUGCUGGUGAUCAGGCUGCUGCAGCCAGUGACAAAGCUGCAGGUGAGCAAAUCGAAGAGGACCCUCACCCUGGUGGAAAACAAGCCCAUUCAGCUGAACUGCUCAGUCAAGUCUCAGACCAGCCAGAACUCCCACUUUGCGGUGCUCUGGUACGUCCAUAAGCCCUCAGAUGCCAACGGCAAGCUUAUCCUGAAGACCGCCCACAACUCCGCCUUCGAAUACGGUACUUACGCGGAGGAGGAGGGCCUGAGAGCCAGGCUCCAGUUUGAGAGGCAUGUGUCGGGGGGCCUGUUCAGCCUCACCGUCCAGAGAGCCGAGGUCAGCGACAGCGGCAGCUACUACUGCCACUUGGAGGAGUGGCUGCUGAGCCCCAACUACGCCUGGUACAAGCUGGCAGAGGAGGUUUCUGGGUGCACAGAAGUCACUGUGAAACAGCCAGCGGGUGCAGCCCAGAACUGUCUUCUGAGGAAGAGGUGCUCUCCUGGGCCCCCACUGUCCCCAGGCCUCAGCAAGGCAAGUGAGGUGCUGCCGUCAUCCAGGCUGGACAGUUCAGUGAUUUGCCUGAGGCCCCACAGCAGGAGAACGAGAAGGCUGCCUGAUCAGAGAGUCUCUGAAGAAGAUCCUGUGGCUACAGGCUUCAGCAGAGUGUGAGGGAGACCCCAGUUAUUUCCUCAGGUGUUUCCACCAAAUCCUCCUGUCUUUCAUGGCCAACACCCCAGGCAAGGCUUGGGGUCCCCGUCUGCUGCUGGACGGUAAGUCCUGGCCCCGUGGCAGCGAAUCUGUGGGGUGUUCUGAUUGUGGGCACUAUGGAAGCUAAACCCCAUGCUCCAGGUGGGGUGGAGGGUCUUCAGAGGACUCCUGGACAGUGCCAGGCUCUAGACUGAGGUGGGGGACACAGGAGAAACCAGGCCAGGCCCAUCCCUACUGGAGCUUCUCCCUAAGCAGUGGAGGCUCAGCCACUGUGAGGAGGUAGGCAAGGCCCUGCAGAAAGAGGGGUGAGGAAAUCUGGGGGCUCCCAGGAAGGGUCGCUGCUGGAGAUGGGGUUCUUACCAGGAUGGGCUCUGAAGAUAAGCAGGGAGGAUUUGGGAGGGCAGAGAUGAGGCCCAGAGCUUCUGGCAGAGAGCAUGGCCUGCGCAAAGGUCUGGGGGCCGGACAGCCUGUACGUAUUCUGGGAAGCAGGAAGGAGACACAGGCCUUGUGUUUCUGAGCCCCGACUUUAGACUGUGCCCUGUUGGGGAGGGGCCAGGGAAUGUCUGAGGCUGGGCCUGACCCUGCUCCUUACCCCGUGGGAGCAGCA